AUGAUUAAAUCUACAUUAAUAUACAGAGAUGAUGGCUUACCAUUAUGUACAUCAGUUGAUGAUGAUAAUGACCCUCAGCUAUUGGCUGAAAAGAAGAAAGUGAAAGUCGUUGUGUCAAGAUUUACCCCAAAUAGUGCUACUGAAGCUACUCUAGAAAGUGGUCCAUAUGAAAUUAAUUAUAUUAAGCAUCAAUCCAUUAUUUAUUUUGUAAUUUGUGAACGUGGAUAUCCAAGAAAUUUAGCAUUUUCUUAUUUGAAUGAUAUUUCAAUGGAAUUUGAACAUUCUUAUAGUAGUGAAAUUAAUAAAGUUUCAACUAGACCAUAUGCAUUUGUAUCAUUUGAUAAUUUCUUACAAAAAACAAUUAAGGCUUAUAGUGAUAAAAAAGUUCAAGACAAUUUGGAUCAAUUAAACCAAGAAUUAGUUGGUGUUAAGCAAGUGAUGUCAAAGAAUAUAGAAGAUUUAUUGUAUAGAGGUGAUUCAUUGGAUAAGAUGAGUGAUAUCAGUGCAUCUCUAAAGGAAUCAUCAAAGAAGUAUCGUAAAUCAGCUCAAAAGAUUAACUUCGAUUUAUUAAUCAGUCAAUAUGCUCCAAUUGCUAUUAUUGCAUUUAUCUUUGUAUUUUUAUUCUGGUAUAUGUUUUUACGUUAG